GAUCGUCAGGACAUUAAGUUCAUUGUGAACCACAGAGAACUUCAACCGCCUGAGACCUCAGAGAACAAGACCCCCGAAACACAUCAGUGUUCCAACAGAUUCAUUUUGACCAGCAAGGCACAAACAUCAUCAUCUGUGAAAAUCAGCUUGUCUUAAGAUGAAGAGGGGAGUGCUCCUUUGCUGUUUCUCUCUGUGCCUGGUCAUGGGCACAGAGAUUAGGGUCCUGAAAGACAUUAAGGACCUAAAAGAACGCACCAAUUUUGGCAAGCAAUUCCCACGACAUGGUCUCAUGCUUCUGCACUGGUUUGCCAGCCAAACUGACAUUAAUGGAAAUGAAGAAUUUCUUCAUUUUAAUCCCACUAGAGGACAUUAUGGCUUUCAUGAAUAUGGAUCUAAGCAAAACUCUAUAAGUAAAGUCCUUCCAGAGUUGUCAGCCAAGUUAAACAGAUCGUAUUAUGUUUUGGGCGAUCUCAGUAAUGCCUGCCAGUUGCCUUUGUAUGUCAAACAGGACCAUUACAAUUCACAGAGACAUCCACUGAGAAACAUAGAAAGGGUUGUAAUUAGACUUAAAAAGGACCAUCCAGAAACAGUUGACGAAGUCUAUAUUACACAGCAUUACGAGGAUAGAGAACAAGGGACUGAGUAUGACCAAGACAGCACUUUCAGGGUCAGUCCAUUUCUCCUGAAGCAAAUUCAGGCCCUUAUGAGAUCCCCAAUGGAAGACCCACGUAACAGAACUGACCCUAGACUAUCACUUAUUGCAUGUGACAGCUUGAACUACCAAGAAAGAAUUGAAGAUUUACAGAGUGUAUAUCCACCCACUCCAGGCUUAACAUGGUUUCUGGUCCUGGCAGGUUAUAAGACUGAUGAAAGGGUCACUCAUUUUUCACAGUCCUUAUUCUGCUUGACCAAUAACCGUAAUCGAUAUGCGCAUGACGCAAUGUCCACAUGUGAUGUACACAAUAAGAUAAAACUAGAAGUGAAAACUACAUCAAAAGGAUAUGCAAGGAUCUCAUGGAGUGGGAUACCAGAGUACAUACUGAAAAAGAACAGCAAAGCAGGUCUUUAUAAAGACCACAAAUUGCUGCAGGCUUACCCUCUUGAUGGAAUAAUGUAUGGAACAAUAGACACUUCCUGGCCCCUAAAUCCUGGCUUUCAAGUAAAGCUCACUGUUCGUGACAAAAUUAUCUGGGCAGGCCCAAAGCUUAACGAAGCCAAUGGGGUUCUUCCUACCAAUGUUAGAGGUUACAGUGCACGUCUGCAGCUUUAUGCCAAAGACGGCUAUGCCUGUGCUCGACUCUUUGUUAAAAAAAGCUGCGAAAAAAACUGGAAAACUGGAAUCUUUUCCAACACUUGGGUGGGAUUCUAUAGAAGUAAAUCAGAUGGUAAUAAAGCAUAUAAAACAUAUCAGUGGAGUACAAAUUUUGAGAAGAUCUCUGAUGAAGAUUUGUCUGAGGAGUAUGUCAUCUUUGAAUAUAAGUCGAGUCUGGCCAUUGCUCCUGGAGUACAGCUUAGAUUCCAGCAAGACGAAGGCUACAUAAAUGAGAAAGCUCGCACUGAACCCUGGGAGGAUGUAAUCAAUCCAGAUGAGCAGGGUUAG